GCGGCUCGAGGACGCAACACGUUGUUUAGUUGCCGCCUGCCAUGUCAGCUUGCAGCACGUUCGCUCAGCAACAUUAUAGCACCAGUAAUUAACAUGGCUGAUCAUGCUGACAGUACUGAACCGGAAUCGGUCGAAAUAACAAUCCGCCUAGCGCGCCCUGAAGACAUGAAGAUUGUCCAUGAUAUGAUACAAGAAUUGGCUGUAUAUGAAGGAGUUCCCGAUGGUCCCAAACUAACAGUGGCAGAUCUAGUGGAAGAUGGUUUCAACAGUGAACACCCGUGGUUCUUCGUGCUGUUGGCCGAGAAAGGCAACGUAGUGCUGGGGUCGGCGCUAUGCAACCGCGCGUAUUCGAGCUGGUCUCGCCGCGCCUUUUACAUCGAGGAUCUGUUCGUGCGGCCCGCGGCGCGUCGCCAAGGCAUCGGUCUUAUGCUCAUGAGGGAGCUCAGUCGGCGGGCGGUAAUCGAAGGCGUGAACCGUAUAGACUGGCAUGUGUUGAAGAGCAACACCAACGCGUUGGCAUUCUACAACCGGCUAGGUGCGCGCGACCUGCGCGUCACCGAGGGUCGUACGGCGCUGCGCCUGGACCGCGACUGCAUCGACGCUCUCGCUUCAGGAAGCUAAAAUAUAUAUUAAUACUACGAUAAUUAUUUCACUACGAGACAGAGUUCUUGACUGAUUUCUUCCGAGGUGUAGGUUCUGUAGGUACAGUCACGACACGGGAUUGUUAUGCCAUUUACGGUUCUUAUUAAAUUGGAAAUUCUAUAGCGUAAGUAUUAAACAACCAAUUUAACUAGGACCCUAAAUGGCGCAACAAUUGCGGUGCGUGAUGGUAUAUACUUAUGAGCAGUGAUCGUUAAUUUUCCAGCAAUUUUGGUGCAGCAUAGUAAAAAUAAAGGAUAGGGAGGGGAUUGGUUAAGGUUAAUAUUACUGUUAUUAACCCUAAUUAUCUAUUCCACGUAGAGUAGGGCAUACAGAUGCUUUUAACCAACAAUGAUGCACCAAAAUUGCUGGAAAAUUAACGAUCACUGCUUAUCAGCGGGUAUGGAGGAAGGUAGACCUUAUCGAUGACUACCAUAUUGGUGUCUUAUAUUAAUCGGAACCAAUAUUUGGGACCAAAGCAACUCGGUUUAUUUUCCCUUUUGUGUUAUUUUUAUUAGUUAGGUACAUACAUACGGUAUGCAGCAUAAGUUGCCAAGCGGCGAAGUAUUCGAAAUUAACUGUAGGUACCCAACUUUAUUUUUAUAAGAAUGAGGGUGUGCAGGUGCUUUUCAGCACCUCACGGAUACCUAAUAACGUACCUAUAUGAUACCCACCGCUGCUGCACUAUCAAAGUCGCCCGCGUUCUAGUCGGGGGGCGACGAAAACAUACAGAGAACGCAAAUGAAAACACACGUGGACGGUUCACUUAAUUCGUGAAUACAGGGGGGCGAUUUUUGAAUUUCGAUCGCUCGAUUUCGUCACACGAAAAUCGGUGGAAAACGGCGAAAUGCUAAUUUUAGAAAUACGAGCGAUAGAAAUUGGGAAUCUAGUGGUAUUGACCACUCGUUUUCAAUUCUAUUAGUAGAAUUUAAAUGCUUAGUAGUGGAGAUAUUAUUGAACGAAAUACACGAAAUCGAGCGGUCGAAUUUCAAAAAUCGGCCCCCAGUUGGUAAUCCUUUUGGCGGAACUUUCUCGCCGUGAGUUUGUUGUAUUUAGGUAAGUAAUAUCUGGGAGACCGAGCUUUGCUCGGAUAAUAUAUAAAAACUCAAAAAUACGCGUUUUCCCAGUGAUAAGACCUCUAGCUAGAUCGACUUAUCGCCCCCGAAAACCCCUAUAUAGCAAUUUUCAUCGAAAUCGUUAGAGCCGUUUCCGAGAUCCCCGAAAUAUAUAUAUAAAUAAAUAAAUAAACAAGAAUUGCUCGUUUAAAGGUAUAAGAUAGAAACCGCUACACUGCGAUUCCUCGGACCUCAUGCACGAACCACUUAUAAAUGAUUCAAGCUUGAAAAAAAAGUUAUUUUCACCUAUUAUUUUCAGUGUGCUUAGAAUUUGUUUGAAGAUGUGGACUCAUUGUCGAGCUUUAAGUUAUAAGUGCCAACUUACUUUAUAUUUAAGUACCUAAGUAUUGAGCUCUGUGAUAAAACUGAUAAAUGUGAAAAAGAUAAAUAAAGAUAGAUCGACUAAAUAUAUGUGUUCACUCAAUCAUUGUUAUGGAAGACUUUAUUUAAUAACAUAAUAAAAACACUAAGAACUUAUAAAUAAAAAAUAAAACUAUAUAUUGUGCAUAUACAUACAUAUGUAUAUAUAUAGCAGAU